AUGAGCGCGACAGAAGAAUCCACGAAGGUGGAGCAGGAGUCACGCGACUUCAUCUACAGACUUCAGGAGAUUUACUGUAAAAACGAAUUGCAUAAUCAGCUUGAACACAUGCUGGGAGCGCCAACAAACUCAGACGAGAGGCAGGCCUUUUACGAAGAUGUGGACUCCCUAGUAAAACUGUAUAUGCUCAAAGUUGACGAGUUGUCCGCGUCCAACAGUGACAACCACACCACUGAGAAGGCGCUAGAUUCAGCGGAGGCCAUCGUACACGCGCUUGCAUGCGCCAUCAACAGCCAUGGAGCAGAUGAUGAUGCGCCUGAGGGUGAAGACGACGAAAUUCCGUUGGAAAAAGUUAAGAAACUAUAUGAAACACUGGCCGCAGCGUUAACACCAUCCAACGUUGAAGCGGCGUUAGUGGUGGGGGCGAUGCAACUCGCCGUGGAGUCUCAAAAGGCAGCAGAGGAGGCUGGGAAGCAGAAACAAUCUAGAGAAGGUGCAGAGACAAUGGACGUCUCUCCCAUGGAGCGCAAGGCCGCCAUGAAGGUUUCUCCCGAGGAGCUCUUCCGCAUGGCGCAACACGUGCGCAGUGGUUUGGCAGACGAGUCUGACCUUUUGAAUCUCCGCGCUGAGGAUGAAGACGAUGACGCGGUUGAGUUGAAUGAGGCCGAUCCCCGUUUCUUGCGUAACCUUGGGCUUUCUUCCUUCCGUCGGAAACUGAAUUAUCGUAUGUUGUUACCCUCUCAACAGCUACGCGAGGCUCGUACACCCUGGCAGCGACAGAACGUUCUCGAUCGCUUAGCCCAGAGCACGCAGGGUAACCUCAAUCGCCUCAACAGUAUGGAGCGCGUGGCGGAGAUGCAGAUGCGAAUUACGAUGGAUCGCCGCAUGAUUGCACGAAAAGAAAAGCGUCGGCAGGAGCAGCAGUCCUCGGAAGCGCCUGCCUCGCCUACCGCCGCGGAUGAAACGGAAGACAUCCCCGCUACUGCCGGCAGUAAAGCGAGUCUUGUGUCCUUUUCCUCACGGGACAUUCUCCACACGGAGCUGGACGAGGUACCGGGGGAGGGUGGCUUCCGGCCUCGGGAUCUCCCAACAAAAUUGCCACCGUGGAUGCGACACAGCUUUGGAAGCAAACCACACUUUGGUAUCCCACCCAGCACCCAGGACUUGCAGCGACAGCGCCGCUCGCUUCCUAUUUACCAUAAACGUGAUGAUAUUCUCCAAUACGUCGAUACCCAUAGCGUCACCAUUUUGGUUGGUGAGACGGGCAGUGGGAAGACGACGCAGAUCCCGCAGUACCUUGCAGAGCACGGCUACGCCAAGAAGGGCAUCAUCUGCUGCACACAGCCACGGCGUGUGGCGGCGGAAACGUUAGCCAUGCGUGUGGCCGAGGAGUACGGCUGCCGUCUUGGGGAAGAGGUUGGCUACACUGUGCGCUUCCGCGACGUGACCUCGUCGCUCACGCGGAUCAAGUAUAUGACAGAUGGUAUGUUAUUACGGGAAGCUCUUCUAGAUGAUAGCUUCGCGCGCUACAGUGUAAUUAUUCUCGAUGAGGCUCACGAAAGGUCCAUUAACACGGAUCUUCUCUUUGCUAUUGUGCGCAAUGCUCUGCAGAAGCAUACGGACCUCAAGGUUAUGAUUACUUCAGCCACGCUGGAGACCAAGAAAUUCUGUGAUUACUUUGGGAUCGAUCAGCCCUUUAUGAUUGAGGGGCGCACGUUUCCAGUAGAUACGUACUACCUUGCCGAACCCACCUCUGAUUACAUGCGCACCGCACUUCAGACGGUCAUGAAGAUUCAUUUACAGGAGCCCCCAGGUGAUGUACUUGUCUUUCUUACUGGGCAAGAGGAGAUCGAGACGGGCGGCGAAAUGUUAUUCCAUUGGAUGGAGGCCUUGCGCAAGGCUUCAGAUACUCCCAUCCCUGACAUGUUGGUACUACCACUGACAGCUACGAUGCCGCAGGAAGUGCAGUCCCGUGUUUUCGAGGCCACGCCACCCGGUUGUCGCAAGGUUGUGCUCGCCACCAAUGUGGCCGAGACGUCCAUUACAAUUAACAACCUUUACUACGUCGUGGACAGUGGCUACUGUAAACAGAACCUUUAUAACCCAAAACGCGAGGUGGAGCAGCUCAAAGUGGUUCCCGUUUCGCAAGCGCAGGCGGAGCAGCGCAGUGGCCGUGCGGGGCGUAUCGGACCCGGAAAGUGUUUCCGCAUAUACACCGAGUUGCAGUUCCGUGAGGACAUGGCGCCGGAGACGGUGCCGGACAUCAUGCGUGCUAAUCUUUUUCAUGUAACGCUUCAGCUGAAAGCGAUGGGGAUUGAUCUCUUCAGCGUCGAUCUUAUGGACCCUCCGUCGCAGGAAGCGAUUGUGGCAGCAUUGGAAAAGCUGCGCUACCUCGAGGCGCUGGACGACGAUGGGUCACUGACGCCUUUGGGUGGGCGCAUGGCGCAGCUCUCUGUGGAUCCUUUCCAGAGCAAAACUCUCCUUACGGCCGUUGAUUUUGGUUGCAGCGAGCCAGUUUUGACUAUUGUGUCGAUGCUUGCUGCACAGAAGCGUGGUAUUUUCUACCGUCCACGUGAUCGGCAGGAGGCUGCGGACGCCGCAAAGCGGCAGUUUUGGCAGCCGGAGGGGGAUCAAAUCACGCUCAUGGUCGUGUACAACAUGUGGGUUGAGAAUGGGAUGUCGGAGGAGUGGUGCCAGCGCAACUUCGUCAAGUACCGCAUGCUGGUCGAGGCUCGUGAUACGCGUGAUCAACUUAAGGAUAUGCUCACUCGUCGAUACACAAAUAUUUCCCACGCAAAUGACGACAAUCUCAAUGAGGUUCGUCGCGCCAUUACCGCUGGGUACUUCUUCCACGCUGCGAAGCGAGUGGACUCUCAUACGCGGUCUUUUGUCACCUUAGCGGAGCGCCGUGAGGUAUACGUCCAUCCGUCUUCGGUGCUAAUCGAUGACCCACCUAAAUACGUUCUCUACGACGACAUCCGCUUGACUAACAGAGAGUACAUGCAGGAGUUGCUUACUAUUGAGCCGAAGUGGUUGGUGGAAUUAGCCCCGGCUUUCUACACGCGUCCCCCCAAAGGCCGGCGUCUUACCCGUGAGCAGGAGGCCGAGCGCUUCACACCUCUGCUAAAGUCCUGGGAGACCGGCAGCUCGUGGCGCAUUUCAAGACAGCGGAAGCAGCGCCGCUAA